AUGAACUAUAAGACCGAACCCGAAAAGGGUUUUGGUGGAAACAAAGACGGCGUGAAGAAAGUCGAUACAUUGACAUCUAUAGAGAAUGUUAUGGAAGCUUUACGAAAAACCAUCUUCAGCGGGGCUUUCUUGGUUUUGUUGGUAUUGUUAUAUGACCGUCGUCGUCCUCAUCUUGCAUUGGCUGCAUCGGGUGGUAGAAUUGGUGGGAGUUCAUUUGAUUCGUUUCGUUCUUCUCCUUCUUCUUCCUCUUCCUCUUCUUCAUAUUCUUCAUCUCCUUCAUAUUCUUCAUCUCCUUCUUCGUCUUCUUCAUAUUCUUCGUCUCCUUCAUAUUCUUCGUCUUCUUAUUCUUAUUCUUCGUCGACUUCCAAUAUCUGGGACAGCAGUCCGGAAUCCUCUUUUUAUAGUACUGAGACUAGCAGCCCAGUCUGCCAGAAUCAAACUUCUAUGUCGUCAAAUGAUAUAUUCCUUUUAAUAUUUUGUUUUGCCGCUAUUUGUGUGGUUUACCACUUCUUAACUCGAUCAGAUGCUUAUGUAGAUAUUCCAAAAGCAAGUGUUCUCAAGCUUCAGAUCGGAUUGUUGGGGACGGCUAGAAAACUGCAACAGGAUCUCAAUCAGAUCGCCGAGGCAGCUGAUACAUCAACCUCUCAGGGCUUAAGCUAUGUAUUACAAGAGGCAGCACUUGUUUUACUUCGACAUCCUGAUUAUUGCGUUUCUGGUUAUUCCUCGGUGGAUAAAAAGAGGGGUGUAGGGGCGACAGAAAAACGAUUUAAUCAAAUUUCUAUUGAAGAAAGGGGUAAAUUUGAUGAGGAGACUCUGGUCAAUGUCAACAACAUCCGAAAGAAAAUCACAACAAGUCAGAAACCAAAUGGCUUACGCAACGAGUAUAUCGUGGUUACGAUUAUUGUGGCUGCCAGUGGCAUACAUGACCUGCCACACAUCACAAACAGUGCACAAUUGAAGAAAGCGUUGCAAAACCUGGCCUGUAUCCCUUCAAACCAAAUCAUGGCAGCCGAGGUGUUAUGGACUCCACAAAAGGAAUAUGAUACCCUUUCCGAGCAAGAGUUGCUUGAAGAUUAUUCCCUGCUACGCCCUUUGUAG